UGCUGUCACCUGCCACUAAUCCCGACCCGGUACCCGGCUUUUUCAAUAGUUGUUUCUAUAGUAAAUGAAUGGUGACGAAAACAAUUUUUUCAAUUAAAACUUAAUUGGUGACUAAAAUGAGUGGAGCAGUUUAUGGAGGCGAUGAAGUUGGAGCUUUGGUCUUUGAUAUUGGACACAAUACAGUAAGAGCCGGUUAUGCAGGAGAAGACAGUCCAAAAGUGGAUAUACCUUCAACAGUGGGAGUUUGGUUAGACUCUGAAGAUGAUGUUACACAAACUCGUUACAACAUCGGUCUUCUGGCAAUACAUGUUUGGAGACCUGAGAUGGAGCUGACAACUUUUUUGAAGGAGGGAAUGGUAGAUAACUGGGAUAUGUUUGAAAAUUUUUUGGAUUAUAUUUACAAUCAUGCUCUUAGAGCUAUACCGAAGGACCAUCCAAUAUUGUUGACAGAACCGCCAUGGAUAACACCUCCUAAACGAGAAGAAAUGGCAGAAUUGAUGUUCGAGAAAUAUAGUGUUCCAGCUGUUUAUUUGGCUAAAAAUGCAAGUUUGGCAGCAUUUGCAAAUGGGCGACCAACUUGUUUGGUUCUUGAUAGUGGUGCUACACAUACUUCAGCUGUACCAGUACAUGAUGGGUAUGUUUUGACCCAAGCUGUUGUCAAAUCUCCCAUGGGAGGUGAUUAUUUGAGUUCCCAAUGCCGGGCACAUUUGACUGAGAGAGGUAUUGAAGUAGUGCCUCCAAGUAUGGUGGCAUCGAAGGAAUUAACCAAGCCUGACGAAUCUCCUAUUUGGAAGCGUCGUAAUGUGCCAGACAAUUUAACAGAAUCUUGGUAUAAUUUCAUGAUCAAGGAAGUAAUGCAAGAUUUUCAAGCAACAGCUUUACAAGUUUGUGAUACCUCGUAUGAUGAAGAAGUUGUCAAAACAAUGCCUGCAAUUCAUUAUGAAUUUCCCAAUGGAUACCACCGAGAUUUUGGAAUUGAUAGAUUCAGAAUACCCGAACCACUCUUUAAUCCAACUACUGGCGUAAAAGCAGGCAUACAACCGAUUUUAGGCGUAGGUUCACUUGUUACAACAAGUGUUGGAAUGUGUGAUAUAGAUAUAAGACCGGCUAUGUACGGGAGCGUUGUUGUGACAGGUGGAAAUUCAAGUCUUCAAGGUUUCACUGAGAGACUUAACAGGGAUUUAGCUGCAAAAACACCUCCGAGCAUGCGUUUGAAAAUAAUAAGUGCUCCUGGAGUGUCAGAAAGAAGAUUUGGCUCGUGGACUGGUGGAUCGAUUCUAAGCUCUUUGGGAUCAUUUCAACAGCUUUGGGUGUCAAAACAAGAAUAUGAAGAAACAGGUAAAGUGAUAGUCCAAUCUAAAUGUUUGUAAAAAAGGAUCUCCUUAGUUUUUAAGUAAUGGCUGUUGUUUUUUGAGCUGUCUAUAUUGGAACACGUAUAAAUAAUUUUACUUUACUUCAUUGUCCAAUGAAGGUUUCAGAACAUAGUUUCAAGUUGUGCAGGAAUUGUAUAACUUGGUGAAAUGAAAUGUCAUGGUUAGUAAUAGCAGAUGAGUAGUUAAUUUCUCAGUACUAUUCUUACAUUCCAGUUUUUGAACGUGUCUGACCUCCAACCAAUCACACACGUUAGUUUGUCUUGCUUCAAUUAGUACCAAGUCAGGUGCUUCUUACAGUAUUGAAUAAAGUUUUUGAUAUCAACAUGUUCUUGAAACAAACAUUGUUUGUAGAUUCCGGUUGAAAUUAUUUUAAAACAAUGAUAUUAUCUCUUAUUGAAGUUGACAACUUAUCAAGAGGUCAUCAAUAAAAAAUAAUAAAUGGUUUCUACGAUAUUUAGAAGCAUUACAUAUAAUUUUUCAUUCUUUCUGGCCGAGUUUAGUAAUAAUAACAAUAAUUAACAAUAUGUAUGAGGGGGUGAUGACAUAAAUAUGUCGUACAAUGAAUACUAAAAAUUUUAGUACAUCUGAUACCUUUUUACUAGAUAAUUUAGUUAAAAUUCUUUUACGAACAACAACCCUUGAAAGUGUAAACUUAUACGGGCUAAGGAGGUCUCACAUUUUGCCUUGCGACUCCUAACAUUGAUGAUACAGUUGGCAGAUCAACCAAAGUCCGUCUGUCAUUUUCAGAAAGAGUUCAUCUCUUCCACUAUGGCUUUUCUGUAAGUAGAAUGAAAUUUCUAGCAAGGGGAAUUGUGACUUUAUUUUAACUUACGUUUGAAUAAUUUCAGGAACUCACUUUAUUCUGAGAUUUUCACUGGAUACUUUACAAAACUGCAACACGUGUUUCGCUUUACAAUAGUUUCCUCGAACGUUCCCAUACUAAUGUAUGAAAAUAUGGAUUUUCAUCAAGUUUCGGACAAUUCCAUCACAAAUCUAUAUCCAUUGUAUAUAUUUAAUUUAAUACCUUAUCAUUCUGGUUUUCUGGUGCUGUACACUGGCGAUCUGUUUGCAGCUUCUGUAGUUGAUGUUAUGACCUCAAGCUGGUGUUUGUAUAGGGCAGAGGUUUUUUGUUUAUUGCGAAGUGUCAGUUUGUGUUUCUCUAAUCUGACUGAUAUUCGCCUAUUUAUUUGGCCGACGUUCUUCCUGCUGCAAUCUCCACAUGCGAUUUUAUAUGUCUUGUUUUUUUAGGUUUACAAUAAAAAUUACCAUUUGAAUAUAUACAAAUAUAUUUGACUCAUCUUUGAAUAUAGAAACCAUAAUAGCAUUUCUCUAAUAACAGGGCUUUUGCUUCAUUUUGAAAUCACCAUUGUAAUGUGGAGAUUUUUCAUAGUUAAAGUCAUUCUAUGUUCAGAAAUUCUCAGUAAGUUACCAUGUCUGGUAUAUAUUCAGCUAUAUCUGUCUAACAAGAAUAUAUCAAAGAAUGCAUCGUGAGAAUUUUCAAUUUAGCUUGAAAAAUGGUUGACAGCUGUCUCAAAUUCAAAUUGAGAAUCAGCCUUAUUAAACGCUUUUGAAGAACUGGUGUUUUUUAAGGGUUUCCUUGUUUUGACAAAGAUCAACAAAUCCUCUGAAAUUCGUAUCCCUCGUAGAGAGUCAUUCUAGGUUAAGUCCAUAUCUUCCAAGUAAAUAAUUCAGAGUAGGUAUCAGUUCUAUAACUAUUGUUUUGAUGGGUUUUCUUCAAGGAUAAUGUUUAACACAGUACUUACGAGUGAUUUCAAGACACUGGAAAUAUAUUUGUUAUAUUUAGACCAGAAUUGACAAAGACCUUUCAAAAUUUGACAUUAUUGUUGAGAAGCUUGUAUCAACAUUUCAUUUCACCAAAACAAUAACAACAUAACUGAUUUACGGUUGUGAGAAGUAAAACUGGUCCUAUUUUUUAUAGGGACAAAUAUUCAUUCAGUUUUAAGAAUGUUGUCUUGUGACCCUAUUGUAUUUACUAAUGGUGAAUAAUAACGAUUACUGUAUUUAUUGAUAAUUGGAGAACUAUUUGAUGCUGGAUG